AUGUCACCGUUCAUCUUUGCUGUCACAUUGACCUUCGCCAUCUUAGCUCUUGGUAUCCUCCGACGGCGCUAUUUCCACCCCCUCUCCAGGUUUCCAGGCCCUUUCCUCGGGUCUGUAACGAGUCUCUAUCAGACGUACUGGCAUGUCCAUCCCAACAAGACGCUUCAUGAUACAGAGCUACAUAAAAAAUACGGUCCGAUUGUGAGAUAUAGCCCAAACGGCCUCAUUGUUAAUGACCCAGCCCUGCUUCCGGUCAUUUAUAAUCGUCGCGCCAAUAAGACAGAUUUCUACGCUCCUGUCUUUGAUACACAUUCGACAUUUACCAGGAAGGACUACAGGGAACAUGUCGCGUCAAGAAAGGCAAUUAGCCAUGCGUAUUCGGUGACGAAUACUCGCUUAUUCGAGCCCCAAGUUGACGGUAUCCUGUCUGAGUUGAUCUCCCUGUUGAGUGAAUCGGCCACCGAAAAGCGAUUGGUUGAUAUUAUGGAUUGGUUUACCUACGAUGUCACUAGUCUGUUUGUAUGUGGUAAACCCUUUGGGUUUGUGGAGAAGCGUACAGAUGUCAAAGGCCUUAUUCAGAACAAGAACAAAGUUCUUUUCAUAAUCUUCAUUAUGACCAUCCAGGAGAACCUGUCUUGGAUUGUCCGCAACACGCGUUUGGGGCGGCGGUAUCUCAUGCCUCAUCCGACAGAUCAGUCGGGUCUUGGUGUUGUCAUGGCGGAGAGAGACCGCAUCGUGGAUGCGGUCAUUGACAACGAUGGCAAGGUUAAACGCCACCUGUUGGUAAAGGGGAGUCUUUUGAGCAGCCUCAUGGAGAUUCUCGGUACGGAAGGCUGUCCACUCAGCUUGGUAGAUGUCAAGGCUGAGAUAUUCUUUGCCAUGCUAGCUGGAUCCUCUGUUACCCCGAGCCAGCUCGCCCGAGUCAUCUUCCAUAUAUCGCGUAACUUCAAGGUCCAGGAGAAGCUAUACGAAGAGCUUGUCGCAGCAGAACAGGACGGUCGAAUCCCACCUCUAUCCGCCAUAAUCUCGGAUGAGCAGGCUCACAGACUCCCGUUUCUUUCUGCUUGUAUCAGAGAGGCUCAACGAUACGCUCCUACCAUGUCCCAACUGCCUCGUUAUGCGCCCGAGGGGACUGGGCUAGAGUUACACGAGCAGUACGUUCCCCCAGGGACAAGCGUAUCUACCAGCCCAUGGAUCAUUGGCCGAAAUAAAGACCUGUACGGUGAGGACGCAAACUCGUUCCGGCCAGAACGAUGGUUAGAAGCAUCUCCCGAGGAAGAAAGACGAUGGGACCACUUUUCCUUUCAUUUUGGAUAUGGAGCUCGGAAAUGUCUUGCGAAUAAUUUCGGCCUGAUGCAGUUGUACAAAGUUGCUGCUGAGGUAUUUCGUCGUUUUGAAGUUAAAGUUGAAGGGUCGAACGAGGAUACAGUCAGUGGAGGGCCGCCUGCGAGUGCCAGGUUUCGCUUUGAUCGCAGAGCAAGAUCCUGGUCAUAA